AUGUCAAACGUGAAUGUAAAAAUUUCUUCAUCAUCUCGUAAUUCUGGGAGUUCUGUAAGCCUUACAAUUAUCGGCACAAAAUUAGUACCCAGUUUAGAAGUCGCUGCAUCAAUCGCCCAAUCAAUCGAUGAGCAAGCAAAGAAACUUAAAAAUAAUCGAGAACCUUGUAAGGCACUAGUUGAGCAAGUUCUAAUAAGCCAAACAACUUUAGAAAAAUAUAAACCACAAUAUGACGACUCUCAAGAAGCUUACAAGCAGUAUAUUGAUAUCCUGAAACAAAUAGAAGAGUACAUGUAUAUUAAACAACUGAGAAAGCCCGCUAAGGAGAAUGAAGAAUUGCUAAAACAAUUUAUGGAUACAUUAACCCAAGCAACCAGCGCAUUCAAUUUAGAAUUGAACUAUAAUGAAAUAUCAAAAAUGUCUACACAAAUGCAUAAACUAGAAAUCUCAAAUAUCUCUAAAGGACUUGAUGCUCAUUUAUCAGAUAUAGAGAAAACAAGAAUUGACCCAAAUUUAAUUGCCAAUGAUCCGUCAGAGAAAGAGGUUGUCAGAGGCAUGAGAAAAGCGUUAGUAAAGAAAAUGUAUCGUAGCCAACCAGUUGCUGUGAGAAGAACAGUAGAUGAAUAUUCUAAGAUUGAUGAAAAAUUGAAAACUAAAUUAAAAAAAGAAGUGGUCAUUCGAAAAUUGUUAUCUGGUUGUAACAAUAUCGAAAAAUUCCAUGGCACCGUUGUUGACUCUAAUUAUUUAUAUAUUGUCACCGAAUGGGCUGAAAAUGGUAAUCUUUGUGACUACUUGCAAAAGAAGCCAAACAUUCUUUGGAUUGACAAGUGGAGAAUCGCAUCAGAAAUCGGAAAUGCCGUAAAUAAAAAUGUAUUAUUGGAUGAACACCUGACUGCAAAACUCUCAAAUUUUGCUACCAGUAGAUCAACAGAUCGACUUGGGUGGAAUGCCCCCGAGAAAAUUCGAUCAGAGGUUGAAGGGAGAAAACAUGAUGAAAAAACCAAUAACAUAAUAUAUGACUUUAAUAAACAGACGAGUAAAAGGGGAAAAAUUUCUAAUGAAAAAGAGAAAGAGAUAAAUAAUAUAAAACAUGAACCGCUUCCUUUUAAUAAGCAAAUGGAUGUGUAUAGUUUUGCAAUGACUCUUUGGGAAAUAGCUGCAAAUGGUAAAAGUCCAUUUUCCGAAAUCACAAGUUUAGAACUAGAAAAUGCAAUAAUGGCAGGAACACGUCCAUUAAUCCCAGACGACACUCCACCAAAAUUCGAGGAAUUCAUAAAAAAAGCAUGGGACAAUCAAGGGGAUAGAAGACCGAAAAUUGAUGUAAUCGCCACCAACCUAGUUAAAAAUUAUCAAUUGUUUAAAGAAGAAAAUUUUCAAACAAAGAAUUGUCUUACUAUUCCGCCCUCGACUCCCCAAAGACCUCUUACGUCU